AUGGAGGAUACUCUCAGCUACUACCAUCACAGACAACCAGGUCUCCUCACCUGUCCAUUACUGUUCUCCAGGUGUCCUCACCUGUCCAUUACUGUUCUCCAGGUGUCCUCACCUGUCCAUUACUGUUCUCCAGGUCUCCUCACCUGUCCAUUACUGUUCUCCAGGUCUCCUCACCUGUCCAUUACUGUUCUCCAGGUGUCCUCACCUGUCCAUUACUGUUCUCCAGGUGUCCUCACCUGUCCAUUACUGUUCUCCAGGUGUCCUCACCUGUCCAUUACUGUUCUCCAGGUGUCCUCACCUGUCCAUUACUGUUCUCCAGGUCUCCUCACCUGUCCAUUACUGUUCUCCAGGUCUCCUCACCUGUCCAUUACUGUUCUCCUCACCUGUCCAUUACUGUUCUCCAGGUCUCCUCACCUGUCCAUUACUGUUCUCCAGGUGUCCUCACCUGUCCAUUACUGUUCUCCAGGUGUCCUCACCUGUCCAUUACUGUUCUCCAGGUCUCCUCACCUGUCCAUUACUGUUCUCCAGGUCUCCUCACCUGUCCAUUACUGUUCUCCAGGUGUCCUCACCUGUCCAUUACUGUUCUCCAGGUGUCCUCACCUGUCCAUUACUGUUCUCCAGGUCUCCUCACCUGUCCAUUACUGUUCUCCAGGUCUCCUCACCUGUCCAUUACUGUUCUCCUCACCUGUCCAUUACUGUUCUCCUCACCUGUCCAUUACUGUUCUCCUCACCUGUCCAUUACUGUUCUCCAGGUCUCCUCACCUGUCCAUUACUGUUCUCCAGGUCUCCUCACCUGUCCAUUACUGUUCUCCAGGUGUCCUCACCUGUCCAUUACUGUUCUCCAGGUCUCCUCACCUGUCCAUUACUGUUCUCCAGGUGUCCUCACCUGUCCAUUACUGUUCUCCAGGUCUCCUCACCUGUCCAUUACUGUUCUCCAGGUGUCCUCACCUGUCCAUUACUGUUCUCCAGGUCUCUGCCUCCAAACUCAAACUCCAGGAUCAGAAACAGCUGCUCGUCAUUGAAGAAAUCUGAGAGAAUGAAACAGACGGAGGUUAAAACAGUCAAUGAGGUUUAUUCAGGAGAACGCUGGUCUGUUGUACAAAACCAUUCAUUUAAUACCGGCUCCUUACUCCUUACAUUCACACACAAACAGUAGGUAUCCUACGCACACACUGUCCUGCUACCCAGCCCACAAACAUUAGGGGAGUCCGUGAGAAUCACUCCUCCCUCAAGACAGGGAGACCCUGGGACGUACUCUCAGUGACCCCCCAGCCAAGGUCGGCACCGAAUCAGACUGUUUUAAGAUACUAUAAUACAGAUAUAGUUAUACACUCUGACCAAAAACUACACUCACAGAUGUAUAAUUCACCUGAUUAAAACCACACACACACACACACACACACACACACAACCAUUAGAAUAACCUCAUGAUUCUCA